AAAUUCAUUUCUGAACUGUGGGCGGGAUCGUUUCCAGAGCUCAAGCAGGGGCCUUGUGACCCACCAGCUUAUUUUCUACAUCACAAAGCUAUUUUUCGAACUGGUUCACAAUGACUUGAUUAAAAAAUACCCCAAAAUGCAAUUUUAAACUUUUUUAUAUAUAUAUAUGUAUAUAUAUAUUUGUCCUUAAUCAUUAAAAAUAUACCAUAAGAGAAUGUGAAAAAAGAUUAAACACAAUUUUAAUUUGGUCUUUAAAAUCUAGAUUAAUUUUUGUGAGGCUAUUGUUUAUUUUUUAACCUUUUUUUAAACCCCAGAGUUCCAGUGUUUUUGUUUUUUUUUUAUUUACUGUAACUUUUCAAUUAUUAAUGUGAUCAAUGCAAUUCCAGGAGAUUGUGAAGGAGAAAAUGAAUGAAAGAUUUUAUGUUUCUCGGCUAAAACUGCAUUUUUGCUGUUUUAAUUUGUUUUGCUGUUGAAUUUAAUGUAAUUUUUCAUUCAAGAGCACUCAAACUGCAAAUAAAUCUGCUGCAAAUAUUAUAAUAGUUUUCAAGAUGAGAAUUUAUGUUAGACAUAAGAGUUGAGUCCUGACAAACAAAGGCUUUCCAACAAAGACCGUUUACUGUGUGAAAAAUAGCGAGAAAACAAACACAUGGCGCAGAUGACUUCCUUUCAGGGGCCAACAUCCCUUUAAAAUCCUCAUGCAGCCUUUCAGACGCGCAACUACAAACGCACGCAUGCACUUCCCACGCACGCACGCACGGCGGAGAGGCAGCCCCAGAGCCACGGCCGCAGCAGCUUCCCUCAUUGUGCUCACAUGCAGCAGACUCAACACUUCCUGUUUGCUCUGUCGUGAGUCUCUCCGUAUUUUCUUUCUUUCUUGUUGUUGGUGAAGCGUAAAGGAGCGCGGCUACAGCCACAGAUCUGACUCCUGCUCCCAGGAUGAGGCUUCAACUUCUGGCAGGAAUGAAUGAAUGAAUGAACGACAGACCUGAGGUAUUCUUCACCCACCUGCGGAGGAGAUGGAGACACAGCAGUGAGCUGCAGAGCCUGAGUGGGGAAGAUGCAGCACACCUCGUGCACAGAGGAUCGGAUCCAGCAUGCUCUGGACAGGUGUCUGGACGGGCUGAGACAAAGCCCCACAGCGGCACACCACUGGAAUGUGCUGAUGUGCUCAGCCGGCCAGUCAAUGAACCGCUGGAGCUUAGAAGAGUUGGUGAAAAGAGAUCCGGAGAACUUCCUCAUCCUUUUACAACAAAUCAUCAGGAAGACAAGAGAGGUUCAGGAGCAGUGUCAGUACGAGCUAGUGGCUCCGCUUGCCAUCAUGUUCUUAUCUACGCUGCUGCAGACACCAUACUGUCCUCCAGACACAGAUCUGCUGCAAGAAGCCAUUGAGGUGUUUUACGUCUUCCUCACCUGGCCUGAGCCUUACUGCAGUGUGUGCAGAGAGCUCCUCUCCACACUACAGCUAGAGAUAAAAGCCCCAGGAAUUUCUUUUCAGAGAUUAGUGAGGGAAGAACAAGGCCUCAGGACUUCUGGCAAUAGUUCAAAAACUGUAACUGUACUGCUGAUGAACCCGGAUGAGGUUCCACAUGAGUUUCUCUCCGUGGCUGAGCAACUCAGCCGUGUUCAGCACUCACCAAGAGAAACCUUCAUCACCUUAAUAAAGCACGCCUUCCAGUCGGCGCUGGGCACCAAGUAUUCCCUGCACAGCAUCCACAGGGCCCUGCAGGUAAAAACUGAAAGUGAACUGGAGAAGACGUACUCUUUGGUGAGUGGCAUCCUGGAGAUGGCUGCUGUCAUGAGUGACCCACAAAAAGCACGCAAUCAUAUCAUCAAAGAACUGGAGAAACUGAGCAGGAGUCUAGACAUAUCUACGUCAAACGGGCGACGGUCGGACGGAGUUCUGAAGACUUUACCGUUGCCAACAGCCAAAUGCCACAUGUUCCACUGGGAAAAAGAUAACUUUGAUGUUUUGAACACCCUUCUGGAGCAUGACUUUGAGGAUCUGACCAUCAAUGGGAGGGCCACAGAAGAGAAGGAGGACGAGUUUGAUGAUGAUGAUGACGCAACAGGAACUGACGAUGAAGAAGAAGACAAAGAGGAGAAAGAGGAAUCAUCUUCACUGUCCAUUAUGUCUUAUGACUACUGUGGCAGCCAUCGUGCUUCCACUCUGUCCACCGCCUCCAAAGACUCCAUGUUCUCCACCUUGUCAAUGGCCUCCGAGUCCUAUCCCGCCUCCCUGUUCUCUGUUACUUCUGGAGCAGACAGCGACUACUUUGAAGACUCGGACGACUACAACAGCUCCUCCCCCACUACUGAAAAAAGUUCUCCAAAGUCGGGGAAAGGCCCAGGUCGGCUCAGCCAGCACUUUUACAGACUCUUCAACAAACCCAAGAGCCCUCGUCAGCUUUACCGAGCCAAGAGUUUGGGGAACACUGAAUCGAACGACCUUUUAGCUGUACGAGAGACUCGGUCCAACUCUCUGCCGCAGCAAGUCAAGCUGUGCAUUUCAGAGCCUCUGAGCAAACCCUCAAAUCAGACUCUUAGACAUAUCUGCUUUCGAAGGAGGCCCAUUCUGAGCAGCGACGAGGACGAUAAGGAGACAACUCUGAGGGUGGUGGUGUUUGGGGCUGAUCACGUGGCUGGGAAGGUGGCUCGAGCCUACAGCGACCUGAGGAGGAAAGAGAGUACAUGUCCCCAUCUCAGCAGAGUCUUUAAGCUUCAGUUCUACUUUGUGCCUGUGAAGAGGGACUCUGUGGUCGGAGCAGGACACCGGAGAGCUUCAGGUCCAGCCAUUCAAACAGGCUACCAAAAAGGACUAAAUCUGUCUUAUGACAUAAACCCGUCGGAUGUCGGGGACAGCACUAAUGACAUUGCACAUCUCCUCGGCAUGCUGGAUCCGUGGUACGAAAGAAACACCCUCAGUCUGCUCAAGUUGCCCAUCAACGUAGUCUGCAAGCAAACCUCAAAAACAGAAUCAAAGUCCUAUGACGGUUCCUAUGAGCAGCGUCUCCCCAUCCUGGCUGAUUUGGUGCUGUACUACUGUCGCUACGCUGCCCGGAAGACUUUAAUCCAGCUAUACCAAGCGGAGCUGACGUUAGCCGGUGGAGAGAAGAGGACUGAGGUGUUCGUUCACUCGCUGGAGUUGGGCCACACCGCCGGAACGCGCGCCAUCAAGGCCAUGGGUGCUGCCAGUAAACGGUUUGGUAUUGAUGGUGACAGAGAGGCGGUGCCACUAACACUGGAUGUGGUGUACAACAGGGUGGUAAUCAGUGGAAGGAGCCAGUGGAAAAGAGAAACCAAAGUUUGCACUUCAGUGAACUUAAUCAAAGCGUGCAAGAAUCCCGAGGAACUCGACUCAAAGAUGGAGUACCUGCAGCUCACUAUGACUGAAGUGCUAAAGAGACAAUGCGGCAAAAGCAAGAAAGGCUACAACCAGUCCCUGAGCACAACUGAAGUGAAGGUUGACAAAGUGCAGGUUAGUGGAGUGAAAAACACAACAUUUGCUGUGUGUUUGGACCAGGACGAGAAGAAGAUUUUACAGAGUGUCACCAGGUGUGAAAUAUCCGUGUGCUACAAGCCCGACAGCUCAACCGACUGGAGGCUGAGAAAAUCCCAAACCACGGCUCAAAUCCAGCCUAUCAACUCUACUUUCUGCUCCCUGCUGUGUCUGCCCAUAGUGACCUUCAGUGGGGCCCUUCCCUGAAAUGACUGACUGCUUGAGUCCAAAGACUCCAGAAACAAAGGACUGAGGAAGGAGAGCACCUUUGAUUUAAUUGUUUUUCUGCCUGUUAUCUUGAAACUGUUAAAGUGAAGAAAAUGCAAUCGAUUCUGGUGGAAAUUUUGUUAGAAAUAGAGAAGUAGCAGAUGACCUCCAGAUCUGACUGUCUUAUCGGUUACAUUAACACACAAGAAGGAGACCCAUUACAUUAAAGGAGGACAGACAGUUUAACACGAGUGAUGCUGUGAGAAAUGUUCUAAAUGCAUUGUUCACUGUUGCCAAAGGAACCUUUCAAGUUUUAUUGUUAAGGUUCUAAUUAUUUUUUUCUUUUUUAUGGUCGUUGAAACUGACUUUAGGCACACUGCAAUUACAAUCGUUAAUGAGGGUAAAUAUUCAGAUCUCAGGUAAAAUGAUAAGGAAACUAGUAAUAUGUUGAUAUUUUGUGGUGGAUCUGUAACCAAUAGAAGAGUAAGAUCUUUGUAUUGUGUAAACAAUUGCUCUUAGAUUAUCUCACCUCUUAAUGGGCACUGAACUGUGUAAAAUCUCCUUUUGGA